AAGCGCACGAACGUCAGAUCAUUAUCAAUUCCAGUAGAAUCCCGAUUCUGCUCUCUUAUUUAUUUAUUUAUUUUCUCGGUUCUGUAUCGGUCACUUCCUCCAUUGUCUUUGCAUCUUCGACUCGGAGUCCCCAAAACAGACGACAGAUUUUCUCAGAGGGUAGGAAAAUUCGAAGAACUUUUAAAACCUUUGGAUUUAUUUUUAAUUUGAUGUGCUAACCACUAGCAUCUCGACACGUGGCGGCUCCCGGCGAGACCAUGGCCCUAGCGGACCACCACCAUCACAGGACACACUCCGACCUGAAGCUCUUCAGGCUCUGCCCUUUUUGGCAAUCGGGGAACACGUCGUCGUCUUCCUCCUCUACGCAGAACCUUACGCAUAGUAACCGCGGCCAGGGGAACCAUAGCAACCGACAAGCGGAGGGGCCCAUUUCAAAGUCGUCCUCCAAAACCGUGUCGUCUGUGGCGCGAUCGCUGCUCCCUCCUCGGCGUAGGCUCCGGCUCGACCCUGCCAACAACCUGUACUUCCCAAAUGAGCCGGGUAAACAGGUUAAGAGCGCGAUCAGAUUGAAGAACACUAGCAGGUCUCAUGUAGCUUUUAAGUUUCAAACUACAGCACCAAAGAGCUGUUAUAUGCGUCCACCUGGUGGCAUCCUUGCUCCUGGAGAAAGUAUCAUUGCAACUGUGUUCAAGUUUGUGGAGCAUAUUGAGAACAAUGAAAAACCAGCAGACCAGAAGAGCAAGAUUAAAUUCAAGAUCAUGAGUCUGAAGGUGAAAGGAGGAGUUGAGUAUGUACCUGAAUUGUUUGAUGAACAAAAGGAUCAAGUAAUAGUUGAGCGAAUUUUGCGGGUUGUUUUUAUAGACUUGGAGCGUCCUAGUCCUGCUUUGGAUAAACUGAAGCGUCAAUUAGCUGAAGCUGAGGCUGCACUUGAAGCACGCAAGAAGCCUCCCAUAGACACAGGACCUCGGGUAGUUGGGGAAGGGCUUGUAAUAGAUGAAUGGAAAGAGCGGAGGGAGAAAUAUCUGGCGCGGCAACAGGUUGAAGCAGUGGAGUCAGCAUAAUGUGUUAUUUUCUCCUGCCGCAACUGCUUCUCCAGGGGAGAAAAAAGAAGUUUUGUGUAUUGUUUACUCAAUACUCGGGAUUCAUUGGGUCUGGCGUGAGAAGAUGGGAUGAUGGCGUGGCAACUCGAGCGUCAUGUAGAGAAAAAUCUCACGUUAUGUCAUGACUAUGCUCGAGAUGAGCAGUGUGACUCUGUGAGGGGUAAAGGUACCUGAUUUUGGAAUGAGCUUUGUACUUUCAGAUAGUGGAUUUUGCUUUGUAUGAAAAUAAAUCUAUGCAAGUAUUUGUCGCUAGGAUGCCAAGAUUAUGUAGUAUUUACUAUUUAGUCCUAUUUUUGCAGUCAAUAUUUUAUUGGUAA